AUACUCAUGCCUUGUCUGACCAUGACAUACUCUACUUCCCCGUAGCUACAGGGCUGGACCCGAUGCUGACACAAUUACUCACUGAGCCCUAGAGUUCUCUUGGAGGCACUUCACAGUACUAUCGUCUUGAGCAGCAAUCAACACCUUCUGAGCCCACAAACGUCACUCACCAGCAUAGCAAAAUGUUCGUCUCAAAUUUUGUCCUAGUCAUCUCUGCACUCAUAUACGGAGCUGCAGCCAAUCCCUAUCAACUUCACCCCACUGUCAACUCAGGCUCAUCACUCGAGGCAUUCGAGGCUGCCGAGUACAAGCUGGCCUGGCUGAUCGAUAGCAAGAAUUACACUGCCUUCGGCGAGGUUCUGACCAACGACGUUGUCUACGACAGCACCGAUCUUGGAGCCUAUGGCGGCAGGUCCGAGGGACUUGAGCAGACUGUAGCUGCUAUUCGAAGCGCCAGUGCUGGAGCAAGAGUGUCCCACAUCGUGACCAACUCCCUCGUGUUCGAUGCGAUCACUCCGACAAAGUGGAGGACGGACACCUAUAUUACCUGGUCCCACUGGGUAGAGGAUGCUCUUGACGACAUCACGAAGACUUUCCGCAUCUUCUACAGAUGUGACGACAUCUGGGUAUUACAGAACGGUGCUUGGAAGCUGCAGUAUAGUAAGGUGUACAAUAUGGGAUACGGAGCUGAAGCACCGUUCUAUGGGAAGAAGAGUUGAUCUUCGGACGGGUGCUUGAUUCCGACCUUGGGUUCAUGAAGACAGCAGUGGUAGGCAUCAGAAAAAACAAUUGGCUUCGUCAAGGUCGUACGUGUGCAGCGGAACAUUCUACGGUAUCGGAUGACUCGUCAGUACCAUGAUAAUAAAUGAUGGGACUCUCCAGAACGUGUCGUCAUCUGUGUUGAGUUUGUGCCUAU